AUGGCUUCCCCUAGCGUUCUCACCUUUGACGCUGAGGGUCGGGCUGUGGACUUUGAGGUCUGGGUAGAUGAUCUGCAGCUUUUUCUGCAGUGCGAUAGGGCAGACGGCCUCUCCCUGUUUGACCUCACUUCUGGUGCCUCCCCUGCCCCGCCUGCUACUGCUGACGCCACUGUUCGCUCACAGUGGGCCACACGUGAUGCUGCUGCUCGCCUUGCUGUUUGCCGCCACUUACCGACCACUGAGCGUGCGCACUCUAGCCAGUACAAGAGUGCUCAGACCUUGUACGACGUUGUAGUUGCACGCUACUCUUCCCCUGCCACUGCUGCACUGAGCCGCCUCAUGCUACCAUUCCUCUUCCUUGACCUUGCUGCCUUUCCCACAGUCGCUGACCUCAUUACGCACCUCCGCACUCUUGACACUCGCUACCGCGCCGCGCUUCCUGCUGAGUUCUGCGCCAAGAACCCCCCCCCCAUGUACAUCACCCUCUACUACAUAGUCACCCGGCUCCCUGACUCUCUUCGCGUAGUCAGGGACCACUUCCUCUCUGUUUGCCCCACCACUCUCACCGUUGACCUCCUCGAGAAGGCCCUCCUAGCGAUAGAGAAGAGCAUAGUCGCUGUAGGAGCCUCUCGUGGUGACCCUCGCACCCCCAUCUUUGAGGGGUGUUCUCCCUCCCCCCUCUUGCCCUCUGUCGCCUCUGCUACUGCGGCCGACCUCGUUGGUUUUGAGUCGGUCGGCGCUGAGUCUGCUCCAAGUGGGAGACGCCGCACCGGCAAGGGCAAGGGGGGCAAGGGCUCUGGAGGGGGUGGAGGGGGCGGUGGAGGUGGUGGUGGAGGCGCUGGAGGGAGUGGGGGUGGUGGUGGGAGUGGUGCCGGGGGUGGUGGCGGCGGCGGCGGCAGUGGAGGUGGUGGAGGCGGUGGAGGUGGCGGAGGGAGCGGAGGCGGCGGAGGUAGUGGAGGAGGCGGAGGUGGAGGAGGCGGCGGAGGCGGCGGAGGCGACGGAGGCGGCGGCGGAGGCGGCGGUGGCGGUGGUGGUGCGAGUCGCGACUCUGCACCGAGGAGUGGCUCCAGUGGUGGUCAGCGCCAGCAGCAGCAGCGGAGUGGUGUGACCAUGUCCCCUCAGCAGCUUCGUGAGUGGUACACUGCACGCCAGCGAGGUGGGGGUUUUGGUCCCUGCUCCUACGUUCUCCGCACCGGCGACCGCACCGGUGAGCAGUGCGGAGGUCCGCACUCCACCCAGUGCUGCUUUGGUCGCCUAACGUACGCGUGGCGUCGCCAGUUCCCUGAGGCGUCAGAGAUCCCUCGCUGGGGAGAUCUGGCCAAGGCCGGGGUUGCUAUCUUUGAUCUUGACUUUGAUGCUAUUCUUGCUGCCAUGUAUGCUGUUGCUUUUAGUGUUGAGGGUGCCUGUUACCUGUGUGUACCGCAUGACCCAGGCAUUGAGGCUGCUGCGCUAGGUGCGUCCCGCUCCUUCUUUAGAGACCGUACCACUCUUACGCCGCUUAGUCGGCCGGUUGCAGUCUCCCUGGUAGACCCCUCUGGGGGUCCUGUCCUUGCUAGCUUCUCCACUGUCCUUCCGUGCCCUGCAGCCCCCUCUGGCACCCUGUCUGGUCUGUACCUCCCCUCGUUCUCUACAAACUUGGUGAGUGGAGCGGACCUAUAG